CCUCUGGCCUCAAACUCCCCUCCCUGCCUCGCCUCUGGCCUCUCAAUCCUCCCCUCUCCCAUGCAUCGCCUCUACCUCAUACUCCCCAGACUGUCUCGCCUCUGGCCUCACACCCUCUUCCCCAUGUGCCUCCCCUCCCCCGCCUUCAACCUCAUACCCGGGAGGGGAGGGGGUGGGAGAGAUGUUUCAAUGAGAGAGUGCAAGAUUGUGUGAGGGGGAAAGUCUCUCUCUCGAUCCGCAUCGCCUAAUUGCCUCUGGUGUUUUGAUACAAAACCAAAGUUUGCUCGAGCCCUUCGAGGUGAGAUGGUGUUGUUGACAAGCUUGAGAGGUAAACGUGGAGAAUGCAUCCUUGCGUCACACCUUGUUACAAGAUCACUGACAUCUACACGUUUCCCGAACCCGACUGACCCUGGAGAAGUUGAUCAACAUUGGAUUAAAAAUGUGAUUGGAGGAUCUUCCGGGGGGUCUUGGCCAAUAGCAGAAGCGCGUGUUCCAGCGUUCGGUCGUGGGUUGAGAGGAUAUAAAGCGCGGGACGCCGUAGUGUGCCUUACCUCGCCGCCACCAUCAUCAUGAAGAUCAUCGUGUCAGUCUGUUUCCUUCUGGGUGCUGCGGCUGCUGCUGCUGCUGCUUCAGGCCAGUUGGUCAAGCCUCAGGUAUUGGAUGCGAUCUGCAAGGAUAAGAAGCAAGACACGUGUCAGGCGAAAGCAACAGAGUGCGCCGAGGCCAGGAGAGCCAUGGAGAUCAGCAAGACCUACGUCACCAUCAUGAGCGCCUGUGCACAGGAGCACAACAUCGACAGUGCACUGGUUAAGGAGGCCAUGAACGCGGUGACCCGGGGUAACGCUGGCCAGAUCUACGAUGUUAUUAAGCUAGAGCCGGCCGACAUCAUCAGCAUGAGGAUGUGUGGCCUCCGGAGGGGCAACAUGCUUGACAGCGAAGGCAAGCCAAACGUGGUGAAGAUCAGGCGAUAUUUGAAACUACGCAUCAUACUGACACUCUCCAGCAACCCUGAGCUUCGAUCCAUCAUGCUCGACACCCUCAACUCGUGCCCCAUCGUCAACGAUGUCAACGCAACAGAUGACUUCAGGUACUGUCAGCUGAACUACUGUGUUACUAGCUUGCUGAACAAUGAAAGUGCAUAGUUCAAAUCUACAGGCUGUAGAUUAUGGCACGGAUCUACAGAUGUGGGUCCUAUUGGAUCAGACUGUCACGUGGUCAACAGUAGAUAGAUACACAGUAUCCUAGACAAUUCAUCCAGUAAGAAUUAUGCAGUAAAGUACUACCAACUCCCACGUGUCUAGUGCCUGACACACCCUAUUAUGAUGCCUAGAUGCGUCAUUUUUUUUUCCUCCCACCUUUUCAACAAACAUGUAUUGUAUAUGGAAAGUAUGUGACCAAGGAUCAUAAAUUCCUAGAAGACUAAA